GUUGGACCCGCCGUGGUUGACUCUUACCAACCUAUCGCUGUUGGACCUGCCGUGGUUGACUCUUACCAGCCAAUCACCGUUGGACCUGCUGUGGUUGACUCUUACCAACCUAUCGCUGUUGGACCUGCCGUGGUUGACUCUUACCAGCCAAUCGUCGUUGGACCUGCUGUGGUCGACUCUUACCAGCCCAUCGCUGUUGGACCUGCUGUGGUUGACUCUUACCAGCCCAUCGCUGUUGGACCUGCUGUGGUUGACUCUUACCAACCCAUUGUUCCUGGACCAGCCGUCGUAGACUCUUACCAACCUAUCGCUGUUGGACCUGCUGUGGUUGACUCUUACCAACCUAUCGCUGUUGGACCUGCCGUAGUUGACUCUUACCAGCCCAUCGCUGUUGGACCUGCUGUGGUUGACUCUUACCAGCCCAUCGCUGUUGGACCUGCAGUCGUUGAUUCUUACCAGCCCAUCGCUGUUGGACCCGCCGUGGUUGACUCUUACCAGCCAAUCGCCGUUGGACCUGCCGUCGUAGACUCUUACCAGCCCAUCGCUCCCAUCGCUGUUGGACCUGCAGUCGUUGACUCUUACCAGCCCAUCGCUGUUGGACCCGCCGUGGUUGACUCUUACCAACCUAUCGCUGUUGGACCUGCCGUGGUUGACUCUUACCAGCCAAUCACCGUUGGACCUGCUGUGGUUGACUCUUACCAGCCCAUCGCUGUUGGACCUGCUGUGGUUGACUCUUACCAGCCCAUCGCUGUUGGACCUGCAGUCGUUGACUCUUACCAGCCCAUCGCUGUUGGACCCGCCGUGGUUGACUCUUACCAACCUAUCGCUGUUGGACCUGCUGUGGUUGACUCUUACCAACCUAUCGCUGUUGGACCUGCCGUAGUUGACUCUUACCAGCCCAUCGCUGUUGGACCUGCUGUGGUUGACUCUUACCAGCCCAUCGCUGUUGGACCUGCUGUGGUUGACUCUUACCAGCCCAUCACUGUUGGACCUGCAGUCGUUGACUCUUCCCAGCCCAUCGCUGUUGGACCCGCCGUGGUUGACUCUUACCAGCCCAUCGCUGUUGGACCUGCUGUGGUUGACUCUUACCAGCCCAUCGCUGUUGGACCUGCAGUCGUUGACUCUUACCAGCCCAUCGCUGUUGGACCCGCCGUGGUUGACUCUUACCAACCUAUCGCUGUUGGACCUGCUGUGGUUGACUCUUACCAACCUAUCGCUGUUGGACCUGCCGUAGUUGACUCUUACCAGCCCAUCGCUGUUGGACCUGCUGUGGUUGACUCUUACCAGCCCAUCGCUGUUGGACCUGCUGUGGUUGACUCUUACCAGCCCAUCGCUGUUGGACCUGCAGUCGUUGACUCUUACCAGCCCAUCGCUGUUGGACCCGCCGUGGUUGACUCUUACCAGCCAAUCGCCGUUGGACCUGCCGUCGUAGACUCUUACCAGCCCAUCGCUGUUGGACCUGCUGUGAUUGACUCUUACCAGCCCAUUGCUGUUGGACCUGCUGUGGUUGACUCUUACCAACCCAUUGUUCCUGGACCAGCAGUCGUUGACUCUUACCAGCCCAUCGCUGUUGGACCCGCCGUGGUUGACUCUUACCAACCUAUCGCUGUUGGACCUGCCGUGGUUGACUCUUACCAGCCCAUCGCUGUUGGACCUGCAAUCGUUGACUCUUACCAACCCAUAGUUCCUGGACCAGCCAUCGAAGACUCUUACCAGCCCAUCGCUGUUGGACCUGCAGUCGUUGACUCUUACCAGCCCAUCGCUGUUGGACCCGCCGUGGUUGACUCUUACCAACCUAUCGCUGUUGGACCUGCCGUGGUUGACUCUUACCAGCCAAUCACCGUUGGACCUGCUGUGGUUGACUCUUACCAGCCCAUCGCUGUUGGACCUGCUGUGGUUGACUCUUACCAGCCCAUCGCUGUUGGACCUGCAGUCGUUGACUCUUACCAGCCCAUCGCUGUUGGACCCGCCGUGGUUGACUCUUACCAACCUAUCGCUGUUGGACCUGCUGUGGUUGACUCUUACCAACCUAUCGCUGUUGGACCUGCCUUAGUUGACUCUUACCAGCCCAUCGCUGUUGGACCUGCUGUGGUUGACUCUUACCAGCCCAUUGCUGUUGGACCUGCAGUCGUUGACUCUUACCAACCCGUCGCUGUAGGACCAGCGGUCGUUGAUACCGAAAUCUCUGAGAAACCUGAAGGAAAUGUAUACCUGUUCAAAGUAAUUUUCAAUCUGAUCCAAGGUGACAGUCCCUCUGUCAUCCCUGAUCCAGUGAGUGUCGUGGAUGUUAUUGAGCCAGUCCAUGUGGUGGACUCGCCCCUGCCAGUAGUAGUUGCUGCGUAG